AUGGCAUCUUCCAACCACACUGGCACAUACUUCCUUCUCACAGGCCUCCCAGGCCUGGAGGCUGUGCACACCUGGCUCUCCAUCCCUCUCUGUGCCAUGUAUGUGGCAUCUCUGACAGGGAACAGCCUGAUCCUGUGGGUGGUGAAGUCAGAGCCCUCCCUUCACCAGCCCAUGUAUUACUUUCUGUCCAUGCUAGCAGUGACCGACCUGGGCCUGUCUGCCUCCACGCUGCCCACCAUGGUCACCAUCUACAUGCUGGGGCUCAGGGAUGUGGCCUUGGAUGUGUGCUUGGCCCAGCUCUUCUUCAUCCAUACCUUCUCCAUCAUGGAGUCCUCUGUGCUGCUGACAAUGGCCUUGGACCGUUUCAUGGCCAUCAGCAACCCAUUGCACUAUGGCACCAUCCUCACAAGCCCUCGGAUUGCCAGCUUGGGCCUGGCCAUCUUAGUGCGCAGUAUCAAUCUCCACAUCCCAGCCCCCAUCAUGCUAAGAGGCGUCCUUACUGCCAGAAUCACCCAGCUGUCCCAUUCCUACUGCCUGCACCCAGAUGUCAUGAAGCUGGCCUGUGCUGACACCCACAUCAACAGUGCCUAUGGUCUCUUUGUAGUGCUCUCCACUCUGGGUGUGGACUCGGUGUUCAUUGUCCUCUCCUAUGGGCUCAUUCUACAAACAGUGCUGUCUAUUGCCUCCAAGGCUGAGCACCUCACCCUCAACACUUGUGUCUCCCACAUCUGUGCUGUGCUGCUCUUCUACAUACCUAUGAUUGGCCUCUCCAUGAUCCACAGAUUUGGGAAGCAGGCUUCCCAGUGCAGUCAUGUGCUGCUCUCCUAUCUUCAUUUUCUCACACCUCCAGUGCUGAAUCCAGUUGUUUACACCAUCAAGACCAAGCAGAUUCAACUAAGGAUGCUGCGCCUCUUCCAACUGGGUGGCGUUGGCAUCAGAGUCAGCCAGCGUCAUUAA